AAACAAGCGACAUUUGCACACUCGCAACCAAAACAAACAGCGUGUGUAAAUCAGGGAUUUUCUUCUAAUUUUUGUCUUCUUUUGCCGAAAUGCCGAAAGUGCGAAGAAGUAAGAAGCCUCCUCCAGAUGGCUGGGAGUUGAUUGAGCCGACUCUGGAGGAAAUCGAGCAGAAAAUGCGCGAAGCCGAAACUGAGCCACACGAGGGAAAGCGCCGAGUCGAGUCGUUGUGGCCGAUUUUCAAAAUCCACCACCAAAAGUCGCGAUACAUAUACGAUCUUUACUACAGAAGGAAGGCAAUCAGCAAAGAAUUGUACGAGUACUGCUUGAAGGAAAAGAUUGCCGACGCGAAUUUGAUAGCCAAGUGGAAGAAGCAGGGAUACGAAAACCUGUGCUGCCUUCGAUGCAUUCAGACGAGAGACACAAACUUUGGUACAAAUUGCAUCUGCCGAGUCCCCAAAGGAAAAUUGGAAGAGGGGCGAAUCGUCGAGUGUGUGCAUUGUGGCUGUCGAGGGUGUUCUGGUUGAAAGUGUGACGCAAAAAAAGAGACUUUCUGUAGAUGUAAGGCUCAUUUCUUUAUUCCAAUUUCAUGUAAAUUUGUGUAACCUACACACUUUGACUACAAAAAAUAAAGUUGACUUCACAAAACUUAUUACUACCUGACAA